GUUGAGGUGGCGAUGCGUGUUAAUGCAUCUCUGUUGACUUGCUCGCGGCAGGACACAGCCUCCACCUUGAUCGCAUAGGCUGACAUGAGAUUUCUCAUCUCGAUAUCAAACCCGAUCAUCUCACUUCAGCUGCACCUUUCACUCUUUGAAGAUGAUCCGCAUUCAUAACCCUCACCACGUGCCAUUUCUGCAUCAGACGGAGCAGCUCCGCCAGGCAGGAACCCUUUGCGACACGCUUCUCACUGUGGAGGGCCUUACAUUUAAAGCCCACGCUCUGAUACUAGCGCUGGCGAGCAAACGGCUGAAGCGUCAGUUAACAAACCAGCACGGCCCAGGUCCAAGGUACUGCUGCAUCAUAGACAGAGUCUCUUCUCACACCUUCAAGCAAAUCCUGGACUAUGUGUACAGCGAAUCGCUGGAGGUGCCCAAAGAUGAUCUUGAGGAGCUGCUGAAGGGUGCCGAGUACCUUGAGGUGGAGUCUUUGGUAGAACAAUGUCAAGCACAACUUAGAGAUCCAGAUUCCCCAACUAAGACAGACACGAAAGUAGCAAAUUCACUCCGAGAUGACAAAGCACAGAAGGACACUGAGUUGUCUAAAAGAAGCCACAAUUUGGAUGAAGACCACCUUGAUUGUUCUUCAGAAGAAGAACGUUCUUCCACCAAGAAGUCGGUCCACCAUGCACAUAAGAAGAGCUGUUCUCCAGUGUCUCCUCUGCCUCCCAUGUUCUCCAGAGAGACCAUCAUCUCCUCCAGCGCUCAGUCUCCCACCCCUCGCCUCUGCUGGCCGCCAGUCAGCCCGUCUAGGAGCAUGGUGUUAAACUGUAGAGAAAUUAUGACCUUUCACUCCCUUCGAGCAUAUCCCUACCCCACACCCAUGUACCCCUUCCUCCACCACUCCCUCCAGCCACAGGUUUCCUCCUCACUUAUGGGUUACACGGGGUUGCUUCACCCCUAUCACCCUCUCAUACACUCUGCUCCGUUGACUCAAGACAAUCCCUUCAUUCCUGGUCUAAAAGGAAAGACCACCUCUAUCAGCACAGCUUUAACAGUGUCCAUGUCGGAGGAUCAAGAGAGGAAGCCAAAGGUUCAAGAGGAGAGGGAGAUAUGCUGCAGACACUGCGGUAAACCAGCCCUGGAAAACCCCUGGAGGCCAACGACUGGGUCAUCAACCUCAGGUAAUAUUUUGUACAAAUACACAAAAAUGAAUCUAGACACUCUUAUCUGCCCAGAAUAAAGGU